AUGGCCAAGAAGACCUACAUUGUUCAAAUGAGAGAACAGAGCACCCCCGCGGCAUUCGGCACCAGCCGGGAUUGGUACAGCGCAAACCUCCAAUCUCUCGCCUCCAGCGCCACCGACCUCCUUUACGUCUACACCGACGCCUUCAAAGGCUACGCCGCGUCCCUCGAGGCGGAUCAAGCGGAGGCCCUCCGGUCGUCGGACACAGUGCUCGGGGUCUAUGAGGACGUCAUGUACCACCUCCACACGACGCGGACGCCGCACUUCUUGAAAGUGGAAGACGAGUUCGGGCUGUGGCCCGGCACAGGGAACCAAUCGAAGGGGGCUGAUCAACCAUUUCAUGACGUAAUCAUUGGUCUUCUUGACACAGGAAUCUGGCCAGAGUCGAAGAGCUUUGAUGACUCGGGGUUCCCGGAGAUUCCGGCCCGGUGGAAGGGACAGUGCGUGAGCGGACCGGAUUUCAAUCCUUCUCUGUGCAACAAGAAGCUCAUCGGCGCUUAUUAUUUCGCCAAAGGCUAUAUCCAGGCUUCAGAUGGUAACAUGACAGAGGUCGUAACCCCCCGGGACCACAAUGGACACGGGACUCACACGUCGAGCACCGCUGCAGGCUCCCCAGUGGCCAACGCCAGCUUGCUCGGCGCCGCAAGAGGCGUCGCUCGGGGCAUGGCUCCCCAUGCCCGUGUGGCCAGCUAUAAAGUAUGCUGGGAACAGGGCUGCACGAGCUCCGACAUACUCGCCGCCAUGGACCAGGCCAUAAGGGAUGGUGUUGACGUGCUCUCUCUCUCUCUUGGUGGAGGUGACGGAUCGUACUACGAGACCACCAUUGCUAUUGGAGCGUUCUCAGCGAUGGAGAAAGGUAUUUUCGUCUCCGCCUCUGCCGGGAACGAAGGUCCUCAACAAGGCACGCUCUCGAAUGGAGCCCCAUGGAUCAUGACUGUAGGAGCGUCUACCCUGGACCGCACGUUCCCUGCCUCUGCAUUGCUUGGCAACAAGUUGCGGUUCACCGGAGCAUCAAUGUAUGGUGGCCCGGGAAUGGGGAACAAGCUGGUUAGCCUGGUUUACAUAACCACAAGCAACCAGAGCAACUUGUGCAUGCCAGGAACACUCGACCCCAAUGUGGUGCGUGGGAAGGUGGUGCUCUGCGACAGAGGGGAGAAUUCCCGGGUCGAGAAGGGCGCAGUGGUGCGUGAUGCUGGUGGAGUGGGGAUGAUACUGGUGAACACAGCGGACAACGGCGGUGAGGAGCUGCUGGCAGACUGCCACAUGAUACCAACCGUUCACAUCGGUGCAAAGGCAGGUAAUGUGAUCAGGGAAUAUGCCAAGACCGAUCGGAACCCUACGGCCUUGGUCGUUACCAGCACACAAAAGGUCAAUGUCAGGCCGACGCCGGUGGUGGCUGCGUUCAGCUCAAGAGGGCCAUACUUCCAGUCCCCGCAGAUCUUGAAACCUGACGUGAUUGGUCCAGGUGUCAACAUCCUGGCCGCUUGGCCUGAUAAUGUCAGCCCCACGGAAUUGCCUAUUGACAAAAGGAGUGUCCAGUUCAAUAUCAUCUCAGGUACAUCCAUGUCUUGCCCACACAUCAGUGGCAUCGCCGCACUGUUCAGAGUCACCCGCCCAGAUUGGAGCACAAGUGCAAUCAAAUCGGCGCUCAUGACCACCGCCUAUGUCCACGACAACGUCCGGAACCCCAUCACCGACUCAGCCAACGGAGGCCCAUCCUCCCCAUGGACACACGGAGCAGGCCACAUCAACCCGAGGAAGGCGCUCUCGCCCGGCCUGGUCUAUGAUCUCACCGCCGACGACUACAUUGCCUUCGUCUGCUCCCUCAACUACACGGUCAAGCAAGUCCAGAGCGUCGUGAGGCGGACAAACGUGACCUGCUCGACCAAACUGUCUGACCCGGGACAGCUCAACUAUCCGUCGUUCUCGGUCGUGUUUGGGCCCAACAAGAAGGUGGUGCGGUACACUCGGGAGGUGACGAACGUGGGGGAUGCCGGGUCGGUGUACAGGGCGGUGGUGGAGGCGCCAAGCACAGUUGCAGUGAGGGUGAGGCCGAGUAGGCUGGUGUUUGAGAAGGUGGGGGAGAAGAAGAGGUACAGCGUGACGUUCGUGGCGAGAAACAAGACAGACGAGGCUCACAGCGGGUCGAUCACGUGGAGGAACCGGCAGCACCGCGUGAGGAGUCCAGUCGCGUUCUUGUGGGUAGAAUCCUAAAUUUGUGGAAGGUAUGGAGAGAAAAGCAGUGUAAAUGCUGUAAAUUUGUUGAUGGAGGAUGUGUAUAAUUGUGAUGGUGAUUCAAUACAGUGAAGUUGUGUCAUCUGCAAUUGCUUUAGAGUUCGAACUAAACCAAGCAU